AUGGGUCUCGUCGGCAAUGCCCUCUAUUAUUCCUUCCACCCCAUGCAGUUGAGGGCAAUCAUCCAAUGGAAAGUUUGGCACAAUCCGCCCCAUGAGCGCAACGAAAAGAACGAAACCGAAAACCAAAAGCUUUGCUUCAAAUUCCUCGAAAAGACCAGUCGGAGUUUCAGUGCUGUCAUCAAGGAGCUCCACCCGGAACUUCUGAUCCCUAUUUGCAUCUUCUAUCUGGUCCUCCGUGGACUGGACACCGUCGAGGAUGACACCUCCAUUCCUCUGGCCACCAAAGAGCCCCUUCUGAGGGACUUCAAGAACAUCCUCACAAAAGAGGGCUGGAACUUCACCGGCAACCGGCCCGAGGAGAAGGAUCGUGAACUGCUGGUUCAGUUCAACCACGUCAUCACUGAGUUCAUUAACAUGAAGCCUCAAUACCAGACCAUCAUUCAGGACAUCACCGAACGGAUGGGCAAUGGUAUGGCCGACUAUGCGGUCAAGGCCGAGACUGAUGAUGCCAGCGUGAAGACCAAGGAGGAGUACGACUUGUACUGCUACUAUGUUGCCGGUUUGGUCGGCGAAGGUCUCACCCGGCUGUUUGUGGAGGCUGAGUUCGGUAACCCCGCUCUUCUGAAGCGGCCAAGACUCCACAAGUCCAUGGGACUUUUCCUCCAGAAGACCAACAUCAUCCGAGACAUCCGCGAGGAUUUCGACGACAACCGUCGAUUCUGGCCUCAGGAGAUUUGGUCCAAGCACGUCGACAACUUCGAGGAUCUUUUCAAGCCCGAACAUCUCGAUGCCGCUCUCAACUGCAGCUCCGAGAUGGUUCUGAAUGCCUUGGAGCACGGUGAGGAGUGUCUCUUCUACCUCGCUGGUCUCCGCGAGCAGAGUGUCUUCAACUUCUGCGCCAUCCCGCAGUCCAUGGCUAUCGCGACCAUGGAAUUGUGUUUCCGCAACCCCGACAUUUUUAAGAAGAACAUCAAGAUCACCAAGGGAGAGGCAUGUGAGCUUAUGCACAAGUCUACCCAGAACCUUAGCGUUCUUUGCGACAGUUUCCGGGAGUACACCCGCAAAAUCCACAAGAAGAACACCCCCAAGGACCCCAACUUCCUCAAGAUCAGCAUCGUCUGUGGCCAGAUCGAGAAGUUCAUCGAAACGAUCUUCCCCACUCAAACCGCCGAGGCCGCUCAACGCAAGGUCACUGGUGAGCUGACCGCGGCCGAGGCCAAGCGCAAGGAGGAAGACGCGCAGAACAAGGAUGACAUUUGGUUCAUGAUGGCGCUCAUGGGUGUCAUUGUUGUUAUCGUCGCUGGCCUGAUGAUUUUCGCGGCCUGGAUGAUGGGUGCUCGGUUCGACCUUGCCUACAAGGAGCUUACCCAAGGCAACUUCCGUCCUCCCCAAUCGAUCGAGCACGGCGAGCUCUGA